UUAUUUUUCUUUACUCUUUUUUUCGUUUCUUCCUUUUUCUUCACUCCAUUAUAUCGGUAUAUUCUGGACGGUUUCAUAUGUCCAUCUUUUGUUCUUUUGGGCUUGAUGUUCACGUCCAGCGAUUGUUCUACCAUAUCCCAAGUGUUUGAUUUACUUUCGUGCCGUUUUUGCCAGGAAGGCUACUCUUAUAGACUGCUUUUUGAGCACCAUGAGUCACGGAAAGGGGAUAGAAUGGCACGGAGCUUCCAUAUGUUGUCAAAAUUUCUUGUUCUUUGGGCAUUUGGCGUGACAGUGUCCCUUUUAGAAUUCUUGCUUGAUCUUUUAUUGUUAUGCUGGAGCAUCAAUAAGGUCCUGGAAACAUUUUUCUUCUUUUCUUUUGGCUUUCUUGUAAUUACUUGAUGCUGGUGUCCAUUGUCUGUUUUCAUUCAUAAUGGGUCUGAGAAUGGUUUGGAGUUGAUGCUUUCUCAUUUUUGUUCAUCAGUAUUCAUACUUUCAAAGUUCAGCAUGGAUCUCCAAUGCCGGUUCAUCUACUGCUCUAAAUUGAUUAUAUACAUAUUAAACG